GUAUCUCUUAAUUCUGUUUAAGUAGAGAGAGGGCUCUCACUCUCAACUCUCAACUCUCAACUCUCAGGGCAAAUUUCUGAUAAAUCCGUAUCUCUUAAUUCUGUUUAAAUAGAGAGAGAUUUUUAAUCAUUGUUGCUAUUAUUGAAUCAGAUUUCUAAUUGAGAUUUCUUGGGUUGGGCGACAUUUUUCGGUUGCGAAUCCAAUCUCGGUCCUGCUAAACCUUCUUUUUGGAACUUUGAAUUGAUAUAUGGGCGUUGAUUUUUGUCUCAUGUUUUGAUUCUGGAAUCAGUGAAGCCCUUUCCUUCAAUUUGGGGAUUCCAUCAAGUUCUAAUCUAAAGUUUUGUGGUCCUCUGGAUUAUUUUCUUCAGUGAUUCGUUCAUCUGCUUAGACUAAUUCGUGGGCCAGACAGUAUAUUUCUCUUUGUUGGUUCUAGAAUGGGGGAGCUGGAAGUGGAGAAACAUGUCCGCAACAUUUUGUCUGUUGAAAAGAAGAAGGAUGGUUUUGAAUCUUUGGUGAUAGAGCAUCCAAGGAUGAACGGUGCAUACUGGGGAUUGACUACUCUUGAUCUUCUUGGGAAGAUUGAAACCAUUGAUAAAGAUGAAGUUGUUUCAUGGGUCAUGAAGUGCCAAGACGAAUCAGGUGGGUUUUCUGGUAACAUUGGACAUGACCCACACUUACUGUAUACCUUGAGUACCGUGCAGAUUCUCACCCUUCUUGACAAGAUAGAUGUUCUCGACAUUGAUAAGGUAUCAAACUAUGUAGCUGGGUUGCAGAAUGAAGAUGGAUCCUUUUCUGGGGACAUGUGGGGUGAGGUGGAUACCAGAUUCUCUUAUAUUGCAAUAUGUUGCCUCUCGAUAUUACGUCAUUUGGAGAAGAUCAAUGUGGAGAAGGCCGUAGACUACGUUGUGAGAUGCAAAAAUUUGGAUGGUGGAUUCGGAAGCACACCUGGUGGGGAGUCUCAUGCAGGGCAAAUCUUCUGUUGUGUGGGUGCCCUUGCAAUUACAGGUUCUUUGCACCACAUUGACAGAGACCUCCUAGGGUGGUGGCUAUGUGAGCGGCAAGUUAAAUCUGGAGGUCUAAAUGGGCGGCCUGAGAAGCUUCCAGACGUCUGCUACUCGUGGUGGGUUCUUUCUAGCCUGGUCAUGAUUGACAGAGUACAUUGGAUAGACAAAGAAAAGCUUGCAAGAUUCAUAUUAGACUGUCAGGACAGAGAAAACGGAGGAAUUUCAGAUAGACCUGAUGAUGCUGUUGAUGUUUUCCAUACAUAUUUUGGGGUUGCUGGACUCUCGCUUCUUGAAUAUCCAGGGUUGAAAGCCAUAGAUCCAGCUUAUGCUUUACCUGUUGAUGUUGUGAAUAGGAUCAUCUUCAGAAAAUGAGGAUUUGUCUCGGUGAAAGUAUUUUUACGACAUCUAUGCAUGAACAGAGAGGGCUCAUAUGAUUUUUGUGCCAAGGAAUUCAACAAUUUCACCAAUGACCAACCCGAAGUUUUGAAGUUCAAAGCAAGCUGAGACUGAAAAUGGAAAUGGUGGUAAAAUCAUCUUUCUGCUAAUCCUAUUUAUGUUGAACACAUAAUCGCGCAGUGAGAAUGACCAUUGCCAAUUGAAUCACACAAUAUGGUUGCUUCUACUACAAGGUUCAUUUUAUGGAGCACAAUUGUUUGUUUGGGACCAUUGCAAAAACAAAGGCUGAAAUGUGCAAUGAAGGAUGGGCAUAUGACACAAUUAAAGCCCCUAAAUUUGACAUAUGAUCAUUACAUAAGGUCCUCUUUUCCGUUUA